CUUUGGUUUGCCCGACUUUGUAGAGAGAAGACCUUCUUGAGUCCUUUAUUGAUCUAUUAUAAGAAAGGUACAGCGGCACAACUGAAACCCGGCUCAGGCACCGCAGCUCAGGUUCCUGAACGUUGGAUCUGCGUAUCCACAUUUCACUUCGGACGAACCAGGCGACCCCACCUUUUGCGCAACCUCCCCAGCGCGUAGGUAUUGUUCAGCCUUCACCUUUUUGUGUUUCUUUCUGUUUCGACGAAUUACGGAAUACGGGUGACGAGAAGCACCGAACGGUGUUGGAAAAGACUUGGAUCGGUCUUCUCUCGCCCGUCUCGUGGUUGGGUUGCAACGCCAAAGCUUCCAAACCAGGAACCAUCUGCGCAUCGACGUCAUAGCAGUCAUCAGGGUCCUGGAGAGCUGACGCGAGGGACCUGUUGACCGCCAGACCCAGCGAGACGAGGCAACCUCUAAAAAGGUCGGAAACCCCAAAGGAUAAGCAAAAGAAGGAAAAAGAAGGGCGACACAACGCGAAGCCACCCAGCAGCAACGUGAGCGACAGACAGCCAAAGGAACGGGGCAAGCAAACCCUCAAGGCUUCCUCUUCCAAGGCUCAAGCAGUUUGUCAGUCCCGAUUGGCAGAGCGACUUUCGACUUUCUAUUCGCGCCCUUCAAUUUCAUUAUAAACCAACCCCGUCGCAUCUCCUCGUAACGAGGAUUUUCCGAAUCGCCAACUCUCUCUCUACACCCGUCUUCGACCAAAUCCACUGCUCAAAAAGAGCAGAACACCACCAAAAGAUGCUCUUCGCAAUGAUGUUCGCCUUUUGGCGAUUCCUCGAAAUCAUCACCUUGAUACCAACAAUGGGCAUGCUCGCCUACUUCGUCGACGGCUACGUCAAGGCCAACCAGCUCACGCCCACCUACAUCCUCAUCCUCUUCAUCGUCUCCGUCCUCGCGCUGGCCUGGUGCAUCGCCACUUUAUUUUCCUACCACCGCUCCACCACCAACGCGCAAUUUGUCUCCUUUGUCGAUUUGGCUUUCGUCGGUGCCUUCAUCGCCGCCGUCUUUUACCUGCGCUGGAUCGGCAACGUGAACUGCACCUCCGUCGACCGGGGCAACCCUUAUUUCCUCGACUUGGGCGCCGUGGGGUCCGCCAACUUUAACACGUUCCGCAUCAACAUCAACAAGACGUGUGCGAUGUUGAAAGCGUGCUUCGCUUUUGGUAUCAUGAAUUGCAUCUUCUUUUUCAUCACCAGUCUGUUGGCGUGGAUUCAUGGUGGACAUACGGCGCGGGGCGAGAGGGUGUACACGAGGAAGACGACGACUCAUCACCAUCAUCACCACGGUGGACAUGGGAGGAGGAGUCACAGUGGGAGCCAUAGUCGCAGCAGGAGGUCAAGGUCGCAUUCGAGGUCGUAUGUUUAGGAGAGAUGGGACAUUGUUUGUGAGGUUUGGGAGCAUGUAAGGGAGGAGUAUUGGCAGGCGCCGUUGCCUUUGGAUCAUCAACGAGAACGACGAUUACCGCCUACGGAAAACUUACAGCAACAAGUUGCUGGCGUUGGCAGCCAAUGACGGUUGUUGAAGGGUUGGAUGAUGCACAUGUUUCUUCAGGAAAGAUGAUGAUGAUUAUAACGAUGAUGGAUGGAUGGAUGGAUGGAGAUACGGAAGGAAGGUCAAAGGGGAGCUGCGCUCCUCUGCGAACCUGGGUUUUUUUUAUGACUGUAAUGAAUUGCCAUGUACAUAACUUGAUGACGAUGAUGAUGAUGAGAAGAGGAAUCACGUACGGCAGAUAACCAAGCUUCUCCUUAUAUAGAAUACGAUAAACGGCCAGUGGCCAACGCUUUUUGCACCCAGAGACCCCUUGGGUUGGGUGGCGUGACACACUCGCGCGUCAGGAAAAAUGGCUUUCUUAUUCAAAAAGGUAAGAUCGAA